AUCAGCUUGAAGCCAAUCAUUUGGAAUUGAAUUAUAGCUCAAGUUGGUUUAAGCAAUCGCAGAAAACAAUCGUAGAAAUGUCCGUGAAAGUAUUUAUUUUAUUUUGCCUUUUAAACUUGGUCCUGGCUUAUCCCAAGGAUCAGCAGGAUCCGUGGCGCCUAAACCCACAACCGCAACCUCAGCGGCAGCCUCAGUUUAAUUUACAGGGCGGCGGUAGUCCUAAGCAAGGUAUUGAUUUGAGCCUUGACACGCGUGUGCCAGUCUGGCAGAGUAAUAAUGGCCGACACUCUUUCGAUGCCACCGGACAGUACUCGCAACAUUUGGGCGGACCGUAUGGCAACAGCCGUCCUAAUUGGGGAGCCGGUGGCGUAUAUACUUAUAGGUUUUGAACCUACUAAAACACUUAAAUAUUCAACUAUAAAUGAAGAAUUAGUGGUUAUAAAAUAGUUAUUAUUAUUAAAAUAUCAAAGCAAAAAUAUCGGUUUUAGAUUGUCCAUAUUAUGGAGAGAUAGUUUUCUAAAUCAUUUAGACGGAAAUCUUCAACAAAAGUGCUUAUAUAAAGUAAAGUCCUCAGAACUAUGAUUGUGAAGUAAUUCAAUUUGGGCAAUACAUAAAUAAAUGUGAAUGAUAAGGAUAAGUGAAUGAUAAGAAAUGAUAAGAAUAGCUUUCAGUAGAUUCACAAACAAAAAUAUACAUAGACUAAUUGAA